UCUCUUCUCAUCCUCCAUUCUCAUUCUCUGAUCGCCCUCUUCGCAAUUUAGAGUUUCCCAAUCUCCUAGGAUGAUCUUUGCCUUCCCAUGGAGAUUGGGUAACACCAACUUAGUACUUUCAUCACAACCCUUUUAAUUCCCUUUGGAUAUAUAGUACAUUAUCAUUAUAAUACGACACAACAAACACCAACGUAACACACACAUUGCUAUUUGUUAUUGUUGUUCUUAUCGUUACCAUAAAAAAAACCAAACAUUUUUACAUAUUUUCAAAACAACGUUGUUUUGAGUUAUUGAAUUAUCAUUAAACCUAGCUAUCAUCCAUGGGAAGCUGCAUAUCAACGCAAGCCGUGAGGACACGCAAGAGGUCGAGGAGCCCGAAUCACAAGCCCUCCACGCCAAGAGGGCGCGGGCAUGAGGUGGCACGAAGGUCGAGCGUGGCGGCGCGUAGGUCGAGCGUGACGGCGCGUCCGCUGAACGUGGUGUCGGGGCCGAGUCCUGGGAAUAUAUUUGACAAGUACCAGUUCGGGAAGGAGCUGGGGCGUGGCGAGUUCGGUGUAACGCACCGUGUCGUCGAUGUCGAGAGUGGCGAGGCGUUUGCGUGCAAGAAGAUAUCGAAGACGAAGCUGAGGACGGAGAUUGACGUGCAGGACGUGAGGAGAGAGGUACAGAUCAUGAGGCACUUGCCUCAGCACCCUAACAUUGUUGCAUUCAAGGAGGCUUAUGAGGACAAAGACGCUGUUUACCUUGUCAUGGAGUUGUGUGAAGGUGGUGAAUUAUUUGAUAGGAUUGUUGCUAAGGGACAUUACACCGAACGUGCUGCUGCUAAUGUUGUCAAAACCAUACUUGAAGUUUGCAAGGUGUGUCAUGAGCACGGAGUUAUACACAGGGACUUGAAACCUGAAAAUUUCUUAUUUGCAGAUACAAGCGAGAGUGCUCCAUUGAAGUCAAUUGAUUUUGGCCUUUCCACCUUCUAUGAGUCCGGAGAAAGAUUCAGUGAAAUUGUUGGAAGUCCUUAUUACAUGGCUCCAGAGGUUUUAAGACGUAACUAUGGACAAGAAAUUGAUGUUUGGAGCACAGGAGUUAUUCUUUAUAUUUUACUUUGUGGAGUUCCACCCUUUUGGGCAGAAUCCGAGGAAGGGAUUGCACAAGCCAUCAUCAGGGGCAAAGUAGAUUUCACAAGAGAUCCGUGGCCUAAAGUUUCUGAUGAAGCAAAACAUCUAGUUAAGCGCAUGCUUGAUCCAAAUCCAUUCACCCGGAUAACAGUUCAAGAAGUUCUUGAUAAUUCCUGGAUACAAAAUAGGGAGCAUGGUCGAACUAUUUCUCUUGGAGAUCAAGUGAGAAUGAGGAUCAAGCAAUUCUCCUUGAUGAACAGAUUCAAAAGGAAGGUUCUUAGAGUGGUGGCCGAUAACCUGUCAGAUGAGCAAAUUGAUGUGUUUAAGCAAAUGUUCAAUAUGAUGGAUAAGGACAAGAAUGGAAACUUGUCAUUUGAAGAGCUCAGAGAUGGCCUUUCAAUGAUUGGACACGCCAUUCCUGAUCCUGAUGUUGAAAUGUUAAUGGAUGCUGCAGAUAUUGAUGGAAACGGCACCCUCAAUUAUGAGGAGUUCAUCACAAUGAGUGUUCAUCUGAGAAAGAUAGAGAGUGAUGAGCAUCUCUCUGAAGCGUUCCGUUACUUUGACAAGAACCAGAGUGGAUAUGUUGAGUUUGAGGAGUUGAAAGAUGCACUAUCAGAUGAUGACUCGGAAGCCAGUGACGACCAAGUGGUCAAAGACAUUCUAAACGAUGUUGAUUUGGAUAAGGAUGGUCGAAUCAGUUUUGAGGAGUUUAAGGCAAUGAUGAAUACAGGAGGAGAUUGGAAAAUGGCCUCUCGCCAGUAUUCAAGAGCAUUGUUGAAUGCAUUAAGCUUCAAAAUGUUCAAAGACACAUCUAGCAAUUCUGUUAAGUGUAACUAAAUGUAUUUCAUGAGGGGGGGUAGGGGCCAAAGUUCUCAGUUAAUGCCUCCUGAAAAAAGGUCAAAAACUCACAUGAUAUGCAACAACUAAGCGGAAUUCAGUAAUAUUUUGAGCUGUGUACAGUUUGGUUAACUCGGGAGUAAUUGGAAACCAACCAUGGAGAAAGUGAGGAGCUCUUGUCAUGUUGUGAUCUCUAUUAAUUUCAUUUUUUUAUUUCAUUAAUUAUUGUGAAAAUUAAUCUAAUUGAGAUCGGAAUUUGUCUUGAAAAUGGGAUGUUCUAAGAAAUGAAAUGCAGAAUUAGUGA